AUGAAAGUUAAGUUAGCACGAGAGGUACUUUCAGAACCAACGGCUAAGGCAAUGGAAGACCCAUGUUUUCCAUACACUAAAGAUGAAACUUCAUUCACUCGCAAAUACAUAAGAAUGUGUGACCGGCUCUUCAGAAUUAUGAAUUCAGUUUCUCUUCAUCCAAACUACAUGCAAGAGCUCCUGUCUGUACUACUGUUUUUUAAAAGGUGGCAUGAUGAGACUGAGGAAAAGGUGAAAUCAUGUUCUAGCAAGGAUGAAAAAAAGGCAGUGAGGAAGCAGUUCAUUCCUGUGAAAACAUAUAAUGAUCUCCUUGUCUUGAUUCGCGGUACAAUUGCUUUAAUUGGUUUUGUGAAGAUAAAUUUUCCUCAUAUCAACAUUGUCCCAAAAAGCCUAUGUCAAGAUGAUGUUGAAAAUUAUUUUUCACUUGUCAGAGGCCGUGAAGUGUCACCAACUGUUCAACGAUAUAUGGAAAUUCGACAAACCCUUGACAUUGAUUUUGGCAUAACUCAGGAACUUGGUCUUCUAGAUGGUUCUUCUAGUUCUUAUGAAGGUCCUGCAGUUUCUUCACAGCCCCUUCACCUAAUGAAAAAUCAAAAUAGAAAGGGUAAGACAGUAGAACGGGCUAAUACUGUAUGCACUAUUAAGCAAAUGAUAUCGCAAAAUCAAGCUAAUUGUGAAGAAAUCUUGGUAGGAGAAAAAUGUCCAGCUUUGCCUAGCUAUAGUGAAGAUCAAAAGAAAAAACUUGAGUGCCAGUGCCUGGAAAUUCUUACCAUCAUUGAGCAAUCUUUGCCUACAACGGUAAUAAACUCAACACAUUUAGUACUUGACUCCCUUUCAGAUUCAGUGAAUCGUUCUUAUGUGAUGAAUUUCAACAUGCUUCUGGACCAGAAACUUAAAUCAGAAUACUCUAACCUUAAAAGCUUCCAUAAGGACACAUACAACACUGCAUGGACACAACUUCUUCUAGACAAACACUUAUAUUGUUGGUGGUCUUCUUUGUGUAAUCUUAUCUGUGGAGGAAGUAAUAACACUGAAGAAGCCAUGGAAUUAUAUUUAAGAAAGUUUGUCAAGCGAAGGUGUGUAUAUCAUUUAAUGAAAGAGGAUUUAUCUCCAUUAUCUGGCCACACUGCUGCAAUAAGAACUAAACUAACAAGAACAGCAAUGAAGAAUGAAUCGCCAAAAGAGGCCGCCCCAACAGAUUUAUGUAGGAGAUGUAACAUGUUAGGACACUGGGCGAAGAAUUGUACCAAUCCACCAGAACCGGAAUGGCUUGCAAAGCAGGAAUGUUACAAAUGUGGAAUAAAGGGCCAUUUAGCUGCACAAUGUUCUAACACAAGGGCCAGGAAUACCUCCAAUAAAUGUGCUACUGACACCAAAGGCAUAAAUUUACCUGCACUAGUUUCCUUGCUCAAAACUCAUGACCUAAAAAAGAACAGCAAGUAUCAGCACCUCAAAGAUGAGUUGCCAGCUGAUGUAACAGAUAUACAUCCAUAUUUAAAACAGAGGUCAGAGGCUUGGAAAGAGGCAAGGAAGAACAAACUAAAUGCAAGUAAAGCGGGGGUUAUUACUGGGCACUUUGGCCUUACACAGGCUCAAGAUUAUUGGAACUCUGCAGUUCAAGGUGAAAGCAUUGAUGACAACCAGGGUUUCAUCAACAAAUUAGCCAUGGAGUGGGGGACUGUUUGCGAAGACUGUGCUCGGGUCACCUACCUGCAAUUCUUGAAUGAUUCAUGUAGUGAUUACACAGUUUAUGAGACA